CAGGGGUAUGGGACACAAGGACAGAACAGUUAUCCUUCUCCCAUGAACAAUCCUAACUAUCCUUCCCAGACAGGGAUAGUUCGUUUGCCUCCUAGUGGUACACAGAAUUACCCAGCUUCUACUACAGCUGGCUUUAUGAAUUCCCAAUAUGCCGGUCCUACCGGAUAUGGAAUGAUGCCUCCACCUAGCCAGUACUCCAAAUCCACCAUGUUACCACCUGGUAAUGCACAGGCAGCAGCUCAAGCCGCCAUAGUGGCGGCAGCAAAUUCUGCUAGUAUGCGUUCUUCACCGAUGUAUCUACGGCAGCAUUUACAACAAAAAAUGUACAGUGGAAGUUAUAACAGUAUGCAACAGCAACCUGGGAUACCAAAUUCCAUGCCUGGACCCCCAACAACACCAACUCCGGCACCUUGUGGCACCCCUAAUGCCAGUCAGGAUGAUUCUCCUAUGCUUCCUCCUGCAGUCAGUACUCCCUCUUCUUCCCAACAUUCUAGUAUGUCACCUCCUUCUGUGUCUACACCAAUUACAGAAACUUCCAACGCUGUAACUUCGUUGUCAUCUAGUGGUUUUACUCAGACAUCUGCCCCAUCAAUAGGUAAAAUUUCAUUCUGUCACUUGUGUCCAUGUCAUUUCUGUCACAAUAGUAUGUUGUCUUAAUUUCUAAUUGUGAAGUGUUUUAUUUUUUUUCUCUAUCUGUAUAAUAUUCCUUUUAUCUUAACUGUCUUUUAUCCUUUUUAACACUCAUUUUGAUCAUUAUAUAUUUAUUUCCCCUUAGAGCAUGAGGCAUUUCUAAUCAUUAUUUUUAUCUCAUUUACAUGAAGGCAUUAAUUAAUUAUGUGAGAAAAUUCUAAAUAAUGUAUUUGAUUGAUCACUUUUAUA